AUGUGGAUGACCGGCAACGCACCCGUCGGCUGGAUGGCGCAGUACGUCCAGCUCAAGGGCAACGAGUCGGGCAUCAACGCGCAGAACUGGAAGGGCCAUACUGCGCUGUACAUCGCCACGUCGCUCGGGGCCAAGGACAAGGUCGAGUUCCUCCUCCGUUCGGGUGCCGCCGACUAUCCCACGGUCGAAGGCGUUACGGCUCUUCACGUCGCCGCCGCGAUGAACCACGAAGAGAUCGCCAAGCUGCUCGUGCAGCACGGCUCGUUCAUCAACGCGCAAGACGAUGAAGACGACACUCCCCUGCACUGGGCGGUCAGGGAAGGUAAGGUCGACAUGGUCAGGCUCCUGGUCAAGCUGGGUGCCGACUACAACUGUCCCAACGCCGAUGGCGAGAAUCCUCUUCAGCUGGCAGCAUGCAUAGACGAUGAAGAGCUCAACGAUGUGCUAGCUGAAGCUGUCGAGGAAGCCGAAGAGGAGAGAGACGCCAUGUUUGAGGACGCCCCCGCCCCCGUGCCCGAGCUGCUCGCCGCCGGCAGCCCCAUGCAACUAGACGGCCAGGACCUCCUGGGCGCCCAGUUCGCGAAGCUGUUGAGGGACAACAACGGCCUCAACACCACCAGCCACGGCAAGGCGAGAGAGUGCGACGCAGAGAUUCCGCGCUCCUUCACCACGCCCGUCGCGCCCCUGCGCUUCGCCUUUGGCUCGGGCGUCUGCUGA